CUGAUAAGUGUUUUAGUUUGUAUAUAACUAUAUAUCCAUCAGUCAAUGAUCCUUUCAGUUUAUUAAAGAAAAGUUGCAAGAAGUUAAAGCAGUUUAAUAUGUGUGCAUUAGCCCCAUUCCCAACACCUAACUGGCCUUUGCUCAAUCCCAUUGGCCUUCAACUUAACUAUAUCUAUGAAAACAAUGAAACCCUAGACUCGGUCCCUCAAGCCAGCUUCGAUCCCUGCGUGGUUAAGAAGCUUAACCACAAUGCUAGCGAGCGCCACCGGCGGAAGACGGUUAACAGCUUGUUUUCAUCUCUUCGAUCAUUGCUUCCACUUGCAGAUCAAAUGAAGAAGGUGAGCAUUCCAGCGACGGUUUCAGAAGCUGUGAAAUAUAUACCAGAGUUGCAGGAGCAAGUGGAGAGAUUGGUUCAUAAAAAAGAAGAGCUUUUGUUGAGGAUUUCUCAGCAGGGUGGUAUUAAACGUUGUAGUGAUGGAAGAUGUUCAAGCAGUGCUACGGUUUCUAUAAAUCGGCUAACUAGUGAUAGUGAAGUUGUGAUUCAGAUAACGUUGCGAAAGGACCGAGUUCAGAAGACUCAGUUAUCUGAGAUUUUGCAUAUCUUGGAGGAGCAACAAGGAUUAAUCCUUUUGAAUGCUACUUCUUUUGAGUCAUUUGGAGGCAUGAUCUUCUACAAUAUUCACCUUCAGGUGGCACCCAAAACAACUUACCAAUUAAGGGAAUCAGAUAUUGAGGCAUUGAGGGGGAAGCUUUUGGCACUGUGUAAUUAAUCAUGGCUAUAUAUACCUAACUAAAUGUGAACUACCACUUUUAUAUAAUUAAUGGCAUGCUGUUGUCUCUUAAUUUGAUCCUUAUCCUCGUAAUUCUUAUUCCCAAUCCCCUUUUCAAACACAUAUUACAUAGCCCCUCUCAAACCAAUUGAGAGAAUAGCAAGGCAACCUAAAGGUUUAAGUAGCUUCUUUUUCUCAUCAACUAGUCAAGUUUUGAUCUUCUCUUAACAUACGGGUAGAGUAAAUUGAGAAGAGAAUUACAACGAAAAUCAUAGAGUGGCAUGAGUCAUAAGUUGUAUUUGGGUAUAAUUAUGUUGCAAACACCGUACAUGCAUCAAAUUUCAAAUUAAUUAAUGUUCCUACGAUUAAUUUCCCAGAUUU